CGUGGAGCCGCAAUGGCGCCGAUUCCAAACUGUAAUCUAUAUACCCGACCGUCUGGAUCAGCUGACUGUGUUCCCGCAUCAGCCGUAGUUAACACUGACUGACUGACAGCAGGGGAAGGGGAAAACAGACAUUAGCUGAGUAAUCAGUUAAACUACAAGAUGGAUUUCUCAAAGCUUCCUAAGAUCCACGAUGAAGAGAAGGAGAGCAUGUUUGGAUACGUGCAUGGAGUCUCCGGACCUGUCGUCACCGCGUCUAGCAUGGCUGGUGCUGCCAUGUACGAGCUGGUGCGUGUGGGGCACUGCGAGCUGGUGGGAGAGAUCAUCCGUCUGGAGGGAGACAUGGCAACGAUCCAGGUCUAUGAGGAAACAUCUGGUGUGUCGGUGGGAGAUCCUGUGCUACGGACUGGGAAGCCCCUCUCCGUCGAGCUGGGGCCUGGCAUCAUGGGCUCCAUUUUUGAUGGUAUCCAGCGCCCCCUGAAGGACAUCAAUGACCUGACACAGAGCAUCUACAUCCCGCGCGGAGUCAACAUCGGGGCUCUGAACCGAGACCUCAAGUGGGAGUUCACACCCUCCAAGAGCCUCCGGGCUGGGAGUCACGUCACAGGUGGGGAUAUUUACGGCUUGGUGUUUGAGAACUCCCUCAUCAAGCACAAGCUCAUGCUCCCCCCACGGAACAGGGGCACUGUGACCUACGUGGCUCCAGCUGGAAACUACGACAUCUCUGAUGUUGUGCUGGAGCUGGAGUUUGAGGGGGUCAAGGAGAAGUUCACCAUGAUGCAGGUGUGGCCGGUCAGACAGGUGCGGCCAGUCACAGAGAAGCUGCCUGCCAGUCACCCACUGCUGACCGGACAGAGGGUCCUCGACGCACUCUUCCCAUGUGUGCAGGGCGGCACCACGGCCAUCCCUGGAGCCUUCGGCUGCGGCAAGACCGUCAUCUCCCAGUCCCUGUCCAAGUACUCCAACAGCGACGUCAUCGUCUAUGUGGGCUGCGGGGAGCGAGGAAACGAGAUGUCUGAAGUACUGAGGGAUUUCCCUGAGUUGACCAUGGAGGUUGAUGGGAAGACGGAGAGCAUUAUGAAGAGAACUGCGCUGGUUGCCAACACCUCCAACAUGCCUGUGGCUGCCAGAGAGGCCUCCAUCUACACAGGUAUCACCCUGUCUGAGUAUUUCCGUGACAUGGGCUACAACGUCAGCAUGAUGGCCGACUCCACCUCUCGGUGGGCGGAGGCUCUUCGUGAGAUCUCGGGACGCCUCGCUGAGAUGCCUGCCGACAGUGGUUAUCCUGCCUACCUGGGUGCCCGCCUGGCCUCUUUCUACGAGCGUGCGGGCAGAGUGAAGUGUUUGGGUAACCCUGAGAGAGAGGGCAGCGUCAGCAUUGUUGGGGCUGUGUCUCCCCCUGGUGGUGACUUCUCAGAUCCAGUUACAUCAGCCACACUUGGUAUUGUACAGGUGUUCUGGGGUCUGGACAAGAAGCUGGCUCAGAGGAAGCACUUCCCCUCGGUGAACUGGCUGAUCAGCUACAGCAAGUACACGCGUGCCCUGGAUGAGUACUAUGACAAGCACUUUGCAGAGUUUGUGCCUCUGCGCACCAAAGCCAAGGAGAUCCUGCAGGAAGAGGAGGACCUGGCUGAGAUCGUGCAGCUCGUCGGCAAGGCUUCCUUGGCUGAGACCGAUAAAAUCACUCUGGAAGUGGCCAAGCUGAUCAAAGAUGACUUCCUCCAGCAGAACGGAUACACUCCAUAUGACAGAUUCUGCCCAUUCUACAAGACGGUGGGCAUCCUGUCCAACAUGAUUGCGUUUUAUGAAAUGGCGCGCCAUGCUGUGGAGACGACCGCUCAGAGCGACAACAGGAUCACCUGGAGCAUUAUCCGCGAGAACAUGGGCGAGAUCCUCUACAAGCUCAGCUCAAUGAAGUUCAAGGACCCGGUGAAGGAAGGGGAAGAGAAGAUCAAGGCAGAUUAUGCCCAGCUCCUUGAAGACAUGCAGACAGCCUUCCGCAGCCUGGAAGAUUAAUUCACCUCACCACCAUCUCAGACCUUCAGAUUUCCCUGUGCAGUGCAGUAUUUGGACAAAAAAAAAAAAAAAAAAUAUAUUAUAUAUUUUUUUUUUAAUAUUUCCUUUUUAAUAGGUCUUGCAGUAACUCAACAUUCCUUUUUGUUCCAUGGUGUGCUAGGGUUUUUUGUUUUAUUUAUUUUGCCAAACAUGGUAUUUGCAUUAGAUACCCUGUUUACAUUUGUCAAAACAUAGUUUUACAUUGUCGCCAGCUAACGUGGCAUGUGUUGAAGGUGCAAAAAGCAGAUAUUAAAACACUACAGCAGUGUUGCAGUAAUGUUUUUAGUAUAUCUCUGUUGUUAAAUGGCACUCUGUACAUGUGAUAACCAUCAGGCAUGUUAGUCAGUCAAAUCGUGUUGUAUUUUGUGCAUUAAGGUAUAUUGCAAACAAGGAUUAUUUAACACUACCAGCAAAAUAAAAUGUUAAUUAUUCACAGUAAAGUAAAGCAGACCCUCAUAAGUAACACAGAUCUGUGCGUUGCAGACAAGGAAGGCUUUAUUUUACAAUAAAUGUAGGUAGUUUGUAUUUAAGAGUUCCUGUAAAAGGUGUAUUACACUUGAAACUGUACACACAUUAAGUCCUUUGCAAGCUUAUUUCAGCUAUGGAGCAACGUGUACAUUUAGGGCAUCUUAUAUCUGUGACCUCAGUACACAAAAUGGGUGUCAUUUGUCGUGAUGACCAUCCUGAUUUUCCAUUCAUAGCUGGUUUGACAGUCAUUCAAAAAGGACCCCAGCUGGGUACUGGUCCUGUAAUCCUGCAGCUGCAAGCUCCUCCCUCCUGCACACCAUUCUGCCGGGUCGCUCUGAACUCUGUCCAAGUUCCGUCUUGUAAUUCAGAAGCGUCUGAAAACUUGAUUUAAAGACCUUUUUAUCUUUUACAUGAUGUUGUCAUCUCACAGCUCUUACUGUAGAAUUAAAACCGUGGAUGUACUUAUUAAUGCUCAUUUGACCUUUACAGUUUAAACACAAGGGAUGCAACACAUCUGUAUUUAUUGCAGGCCAGUAAUGGAAGCCUGUUUUAUGGUUCUGUAUUUCGGAUGUUGUAAUGUUUUUGUUUCUGAUUUAUUGUUUUUUCACUGUUUAGUCGCUGUGUUUGCUGUGUGUUUUGGUGCACAGUGGAGUGCACUCGUUGAUUUUCUUGUCUUCAGUGGUACGUGUGUAAAGUUGUUUGAGUCCCAAAGAUUAAAGUGGAGACAAUGA